AUUAUUUAUACAGCUAAACUUCCAAUCAGACAGAGCCAAAAGCCAUCAUUCUUUGAUUUUUAAGCUCAUUUGAGUUUGAUCUCUACCACACUUGCAAUGAUGAAGCCUGAAAAGUGCUUAAUCUCAACUCUAAUUGUUGUCAUUGUCUUCCUAGCAAUACUUCAAACCUCCCAUUGUCGACCUAUUAGUACUACUGCUACAUCUCAAGCUUCCAAUACAGAACAAAGGUUAAGUUACAGCACCAGGUAUGCUCCAAUCAUCCUAAGCGCCAUGGAGUCCAUGAGAAGGAACAAGAUCAUCUCGAUUCAAGCAGUUUCACGCCGAAAGGUCCCUGCAGGACCCAAUCCGCUUCACAAUUGACUUGAUGCAGUCUAAGAGUUCCAGUGUGGUGUUUUCAGUUCAUGUCAGAUCAGAUAUACACAGAUUAUAUAGUACUUGAAACUUGCUAUAUAUACACUAGCUAGUUUGAGUUGUACUUUGUGAAAAUGCACUAGUCAAGUUUAGUUUCUUUGUAACCCAUACAUGAUACAUUACAUGUAUAAUACAGAUGUUGGAGAUUUCCAAGUGGUUUUGCCAGAAUCAAUCACAUAAGUCUCGGCAUUCUAUGAAAUUCUCCUAAUCUCCAAUGUCACAAGCAUUGCCUAUGAGUAUUAGGGUUAUAAAAUCUAAAUACCCAAGAGUUCAAGGGUGCUUCAGAAAAGUCCUUCUCAGUUGAUCCACGUGUCAUUAGGUGAUUGGAUGUGGUAGAUCAAAUUCAUACACUUGAACCACACUAGUGGAAUCUCCAAAACCAGAAAGUGCAGAAUCCCAUGUUCCCCAGUUUAGCUACUCCUUUUAGUUGUUGUGCUCAAAUCAUUGUACCUGAGGUUAAAUCAGUACAUUCACCAAAAACCUGAGGGUAACUUCGUACCAAUGUACAACUUGAUCAAGCAGAGGUUCGAGAACUUCCUGGGCUUUAAAACCAGUUACAGAAAACACGUGGGUCUCAAACGACUUUUGAGUCCCUAGUUCUCUGUACUUGAGCUUCUUUGACUCACGGGAGCGCAAAGACACUUGAGUCUCAUAUUCCGGCGGCUGUCGGUCGGAAAGUUCGGUCUCCGGUGACAUGAGGGAGCGGAAAUCGGAGGACCCAGCUGGGUUGGCCGUGGAGGGCAGAGCUAGAAAUGACGAGAACUUAGAAGUGGGUAGAACAAGCGGACAGGUUAGACACAAACGAAGCUCGAACCUGAAUGAGCUGAUGAAAGAUGAACAGCUACUUGAUAGUGAAAGUAAUGGAGCAAGUGCGUCCCUUACUGAACAUGCUCCGGAAUCAAGCAGCUUAAAUCUGCUAGGAGGCAAAGGUUCAAAGCAAACAGUACAGGAUGGUCAUUUUACCAAAACCAGAAGCAUUUCUGCUCUUGCAGGUCAAGGCACUCAAGAUAAACAAUCUCCAGGAAGUGGGAAUGCAAAACAUGAAAGUGAACAGCGGCUGUCCAAAUCUAAGAAGAAGAAAGAUCUUAACUUGCCUCGUCGUGCUUCUAAGCGACUAGCUGGUAUUGAAGUUGAUACAGUGCCAGAACUGAAACCAACCACUCGAGCACGUCGAGUUGUCAGCAAACAGUCAGAUAAUUCAGCUGCUUGUUCAUUCCAACAGCAGGAAAAGCAAGAUUUUGCUUCUGUUGUUCAGGAAGAGCAUGCUAAGACUGAAGAGAACCCUGGAGUUACCCCAGAUUCGCCUCUUGCUGAUUUCUUCACAGAUCCAUGCAUUGCCUUUGCAAUAAAGACUCUAAAGGAUCAUUCUGGCGAUGGAGAAUCAGACAAUAUGAGCUAUGAAAAGCAAGAAUGCAAUGUUCUUCCACCUCCAGACAACUUGGUCAAACAAGAGAAACAUGAUGGCAUAGUUGGAACUGGUGAGAAGUCAGGAUCAUCCAUCACUGAACCACCUUUCGGGAGUUCAUGGCCAGACCCCUGCAUUGAAUUUGCUAUAAAGACUCUCACAGGUGCAAUCCCACUCGAGUAUGACCCACAUAUCGAGGAAUUCUUCCAGAAGCAACUUAGUUCAUCACAACAACACAAGGACAACCUCUUGCAGAAAGAGAUUGCCUGACCAAAAGAUUUCUGCAAUGUUUAACUCCGCAUGUAUGUUUUUGACUCAAGCUCUAGUGUCUGCAUUAGCAUAGACUUAUGUGCACUCUAAUUUGUUCUUGAUACACUGAUUGAUUGGCCUUUGAUUAAUCUAAUCUUCCAAUUGAUGUAAAAGACACUUUUAGCAGCAACCUUUGGAGCGUUUAGUAGUACUACCCUUAAGUAUAUCUUC